UCUUCCCCAGCUCCACUCGCUCACCUAUUUGAACUGAAACACACUUUUCGAGAAAGCGCCCUCCACGGAGGACCAAUAUAUGGGAAUAUUACGAGGCUCACUUCCAUUUUUAAAACUUCCCACGUCGCAUUUUCCCCUCCUUUCAUUGGAAGCGCUCCUUGGAGAACAGGAGUUUUUUUUUUAAAUAGUUUCUUAAACUGCGCUACUUUUAUUUAUUCCAUUCUUCCAAGUGGGUUUCUCUCUUUGCACGCAUGCGAUGUCACGGAUUACUAAAAGGAGAAAGAAAUGUUUGAGUUUGUAUCCAGUAUUUCCAAGUGAAAGUGAUUUUUGAGUAUUUUUUUUAAAGAAACCAGUUGAGCAACUGGCGACAGGACUCUAUAAUCAAUGUGGUGUCAGCUGGAAGGACGCGGGGUCCGGAUCUCACCUAAACGCUGAUACGUCCUGGGAGUGAUGCACUGGCUUCCCCUGGUUGCCAUGGUGAUCGCCUCGGCCCUGCCCUUUCCUCACAACCCCGCGACCGCGCAGCCCAGCGAGGAUCGUAAACAGACCUCCACGUCAGAAGAGAACUGGAUAACCUACGAACAGUUCAGCAGUCCGGACGUUCCCGCAGAAGAAGAAGAAGAACCGCUCAGGACUGAAGAAAUUUUCCAGGAAAACUCGCUACCAAAGGACUACAAAGCCAGCAGGAAAGAUGGCGACUCGGACUCAAUUCCGCGCCAUUUUAGGACAGGCGCAGUCGAGGACAGCCCCGCCAUAGAUGUAGGGUUGGGCCUGGAAAUAGACGAAAUGUUUCUGGACGCACAUCCCCGCGUCCUGUUCUCGCCCUCUCCAUCCCCGCCGGAGCAUCCGCCGCUACUGUUGAUGUUGGAGAACGGGCUAAUGGAGGAGGACAGCGACGGAGACAUAGAAGGUCACGGCGAUCGCGCCGCGGACCGGACCACGCCGACUCCGACAUGGGCGGACUACAAGGGCCCCGCCGACGAGGCGUUCCGCCCGGUGAAACGGGACAAACGUUCACACCUGAUGGACACCCGCAGGGGGGAGAAGUCCGUGUGCGAGUCGGAAAGCGCGUGGGUCAACAACAAAACCACCGCGAUCGACUCGCACGGCGAACGGGUUACCAUCGUCCCGCAGAUCCAGACAAUGACGGGCGCGCUCAAGCAGUACUUUUACGAGACGCGGUGCCGCCGGCCCGACGGGCAGAGCGGCUCGAGCAGGACGCGGGGAGUGGGUGCGAGGUCCGCGGCGGCCGGCGUCGCCGGGGCCAGCUGCCUCGGCGUGGAUAAAAAACAAUGGCGGAGCGAGUGCAGAGAGAAGCAAUCGUACGUCCGCGCGCUCUCCAAGGACGCCAAGAACAAGAUGGGAUGGCGGUGGAUCCGGAUAGACUCGUCCUGCGUCUGCGUGCUGCUGUCCAGAACAAAUCAGGGGAAGGACGUGAUGACGAGGCGCAGGAGAGUCUAACGCAAGGAAAGAAGACACGUUUGGACGUUUUGUCUCCUUCCCCCAGUUUAUGACUUUUACAAAAAAAAAACAACAAGACCUCAAUGCUAAAUGAUUAUAGGGAAACUGUUAUAUAGACAGAGGUGGGUAGAAAACAACGGCAUGUUAGGAGCAAUUUAAAAAGAAGUGUGAAGUCAAAAAUAUGAGGGAAAAAAAAUUGUAUUUUGAGGUCUCAAAAGAUUUUCUAGAAAAAGUUUUUUCAAAAGUCAAAUAUUUUCGACUUUUGAAACUCAGAAGUGUUUGUUUUUUCUAUAAAAUUUUUUAGAAGAAUCUAAAAAUUUGAGUUUACUUAGCAGAAAUGUACUCUCAUACACUGUUGUAGUAGAGAACCCAAAUAUUGUACUCAAGAGUAGCCCGACUUCAACAAGGGAUGCAAUCAAAUUAGUUCAAAAUUAUCAAGUCAGUGUUGUAGUUUCGUUGCAAUCCAGCAGAGGGCGCUGCUGGUCAUGCUUAAACGAGCCAGUUGAUACAGAAACAAAGGUGGCAGCGCCAUACCAGAACGGGAAAGAGAAGCGGUCCAAACAAAGUCAAGCAAGAUGCACUUUAUGCGGUUCUGUUGAGAAAUAUAAACAUUUGACAAACUCCUAAGGUUUAAAAAAAUAUAUAUUAUUAUUUUUUUUUAUUCAGCAUAUUAUGACAAAUUCGGCCCUUUGUGUUAUGGAAAGACAACCAACCUUCUUCACACAAAAGAAAACUCAGGUUUUUAACAAAAUGGCUGCUUAUCAACUCAUUAAUUGAUAACAUGCAUCCCUAAAUUCAACAUAUAUUUACUCCAAUAAAAGUAAAAACUGUCCAAGAAAUUACUCAAGACCCACUGAUCAGAUCAGCUGAUUUAAUAUUAAUAAAUGUGAAGUUGUGUACAAAUUCUGAUAUUUUAAAAACUAAAGUGAAAAAAUUAAUGUAUACAAAUAUGAUUACAAAAUAACAGAUUAAGGCAUCAGAUGAAGCAUUUUUCCAAAUAAAAAAAAUAUAAAACUAAUACAGUCACUUAGUUGGAACAGGGUGAAAUACUUCCAGUGCCAAAUGGUUCAGCAGACAGAAAAUUAGAAAAACAAUUAAGUGAAAUUAGCUCAAGAAUAGCAAUACUUUGUAAAAUAUAUUACUCAAGUAAAAGUAUAUUUUUCAAAUAAAUGUAACUAGUUACUACCCACCUCUGUAUAUAGAGAUUUUACACCAAGAAGUACUGUUUUUGUAUGAUUUAUCUUUCAUAACCUAAGUUAUUUUUGCCUAGUAUGUAAGCAUGUCUUUGAUAUUAAUAUAUUUCCUGCUGUGUCUACAACAUGACACCAGUAUACCUUUUCUGUAUCGUGUGUAUUUAUAGAAGACGUCUUCAUGCAGUAGUAGCUCUCUCCGGUGUCUGAUGACGAUUCCAGCCUUUGGGUCACUCGCCUUGUAAAAGCAAAGAGCGCCACCUACUGAGAUUUCCUUUCACUGCUCCAAACUCUUACAGCUGUGGGUGAAUUUUACAGGAUUUGGGUUGUAAAUUAUGUGACACCUAAAGAAGAUCUGAUUACAUGAUAUGAUAAUUAAAGACAUUUGUAUUUUAAUAUUUUUGAGCACCUUUUAAUGCAUUUUUUAUUUAGCUUUCAAUGCAUUUGUUUAAUUUUUAGUGCUUCUUUGCAUAUAUUAUAAUUUUUUAAAGUGCUUCCUCUACAAAAAUCAGACUACUUUGUUUGUGUCGUUAAGAUUUUGUUUAUUUUCAAAGCAAGUGAAGCUUAAAAAGGUUUUAUAAUAAACUUAUUUAUCCAUUUUUAAUUGCAGAGAUAAUUCAAAUCAUUUCAAAAAUACUUUAUUUACUCCAAAAGGAAAUUAAAUGCAACUCAAAUCAUGUAAUGAUCUUCAGAGUUUAAACCAGGAAGAAUCCCC